CUAGAUUUUCAUUCAGUCUUAAAAAUUAUUUUAAAUUUUUUUGUUUUAAAACGUAUCCUGAGUCAAUUAUUUUUCUAACUUGUCCUAAUUUAACUCCUGUACGUAUUCUUUAUAACAUUCUGUGUUAUCAUAGCAUGCAGUGCAAGGGCUUGAAUGCUGCACUAAAUUUCUUCAUUUUACAAUAAAUGAUAGUGACAUUUGAAUUCUGGAUGUUCAAUGUUUACACUUUUUAUUUUGCAAUUUGUGACAACACUCAAUUGCUACUAAAUACCAUAUCAACUAUAAUACUGUUUCGUAAAUCUUUUUGAUCUAACUAAGAGAAUAAAAGAUGUAAUGAAACGCAAUUCUGAUGAGUCGGUGGGAUUUUCUUUGAAACCAUACGUUCCAAAACGACUGCGCCAAAAGCCAAUUGAACAACCAGCUCCAAUUGUUCCUUCCACUUCUCAAACAUCAUCUAUAAACAAUCAAGCAAGCUCGAGUAAAUUAGAACGUACUGUUCAUAGCCAGUUACCUUCUCAAAUCUCAUUCAAAAGAAAAGCACAUUCAAAAGUUGUUUCUGCAGUGCAAUGGAAUCAUGUGAACAAUCAAAUCCUUGUUUCAGCAAGCUAUGAUAGAAGUUUGAUUCUUUGGGACUGUUCAACUAAAAAUGUGAAGCUAUCGAGACAAAUAGUAGUUCAUGAAGGAGCUGUGAAAGAUGUAAUAUGGAAUCAUGAUGGGACUUCGUUGUUGACAGCAAGUUUUGAUCAAACUUCGAAGUUGAUUGAUGUAGAAAAGGGAACAGCAAGAGCUUCAUACAAAUGCGACGACUUGUUAACCAGCAUUAUACUUCACAAGAAUGAUCACAAUGUAUUUUUAACGGGUACAAUGAAGAGUGGAAUAUUUGCAUGGGAUAUACGGCAAGCAGAGCCUAUAAAAAGAUACAAAUCAUUAUUCGGUCAAGUUCAAGACCUUCUGUUUUUACCGGGCGGGAAAGUAUUUUUAUCAUCAGCAGAGGUGAUCAGGAAGAAUUCCAUGGAUAAAGCUAUAAUGGCUUGGGAUUUCGAUUCGACUGCUGUUGUGUCCAAUCAAAUCUACCAGGAACCUUACACUUGCACAAAGUUGAAACUCCACACUAAUCAAAAACACUUUUAUGCUCAGUCGGCUGCCGGUUAUAUUGUCAUAUUUGAUGUGGCACCACCGUGGAAAAUGAAUAAGUAUAAAAGAUUUGAAGGACAUCGGUCCUCAGGUUACCAUAUUGGAUUCGAUGUAAGCACAAAUGGCUCUCUCAUCUACAGUGGUGACAUUGAUGGGAAUGUUUAUAUUUACAACAACUUUUCAACGAGAUUGAUUAAAAAACAAACGGUGUUUACAGGCAGUCCGUGUAUUGAUAUUGCGUGCCUCAUUGGACACAAGUCAAAGUUUGCGUGCUGUUCGUGGGAUGGUGAAGUAGCGAUACUGGAAUGAUGAGAUAUAGGAAUUUAAGGGUUUAAAAAUUGGAAAAGAGAACUUAUUUUACGGAGCUAAUUACUGCGUUUCGGCUAUCAAGCGCUGGAUCAAACCAGUUUAACAUUUGAUGCAAUGUUUUAAGCAGCAAUGUUCCGUAAAAUGCUAAAUGUAGUUGACAUGGAUUUUUCAUGAUUUUUGAUAGUCAUGUAACACGGUACAAUAUGUAUCCAACAACAUGAAAAACAUGUUCGUUAAUAGGUUUUGGACCUUAGAAUCGAUAGAUAUAACAAUUGACGAAAAAGGUAACAUUAUUGUUGAGAGUUAAGAAUAUAGUCUUGCUCGACAAAUACUUUUUUGUUUAUUACGUAUAUGAGAUUUUUGUGGUUUACUGUUGACUUUUUUUGUCCAAGAUUGGUAAAAAAAAAGGUUUGCUCAUUUUUUUGGAAUGUACAGUUCACUUUUAAAUGGAAAACAUACCUAAUAUGGCAUCGAGGAAGUAACCAGUUAUAUACAUUCAGAGAUAUCACAAGAAUUGGGCAUGGAAACGUUUGUAAGGACAUUGAGAAGGUAUUGUGUCAUUUUUGGAUUCGUCAGAAAAAGAAGUGUUAGCAUGGUUCAGGGAGCAUAACAGGAUUGGUUGGGAGAGGUGGUAAAGUUAAGCCAUGAUAAUCUAUUUUUAGGGAGGAUUUUAUAUAGAAAGAGGUUUCACAUCCCAAAGACCAAUAGCAAAGAUUUGCCCUCUUGUGUGUAUUUUAGGUUAACCACGCCAAAAUCGAUGAAAGAGGCGAAAGGACAGCGACCAACAUAUGAGAAGCUACCAUGGUUAAAGUCGAAGAAGAUAGGUUGUUUACCAAAUUUUAGCGAGUGUUUAAUUUUGCGGUUGGCUUGAAUUUCUGGGUCACCUUACCUAACGAGGGGUCUAUUUUUACACGUCACUAUCAGAAUUCAUGUCACAAUAUCUUUUAUGAUUGUCACAUUUACAAGUCACAUUUUUGACUAAAUCGUCACAUCAUACAUAUAACAACUUUUAUUAAACAUUUCAUUCCCGAAGACUACAUUUUCUAGUCUAUUCAUUAUGACAGUAGAGCUACCACACCUACCGAUCACAACUAGAGAUUGAAAGCCUUGCUCUCGGUUUUGGAGCAAUUGAAGAUUGACAAACAUCUGUAUGGACUUCCCCAAUAUACAGCUAGUGGAUAUCAAAACCGUCACUAGCCUUGUAUAUGUAAACGAAACAGAACAGCCAACAAGUAUUUUUGAGGCAUAUACUGAUGUUUUUGUUCUACACUCAAAUUCAAAAUGUUAUGUUGCAUUAUAUAAUCUUAUGACCAUGGUUGCACAAAAAGUCAUGUAGCGCGUGGCCUUGUGGUUACGGAGUUCGCUUCGCAAUCACAAGGUACGUAGUUCGGUCCACAGCGCGGGCAUGUUUAGCAAGUGUCUUUACUACAGCUACGGGUCAACCCAUGCCAUGUGAGGGAAAUUGGGUAGGUAAUGCCGGUGUAUACUUAAUGUAUACAUUCUGAACCAGGACCCACAUUGAUAACAGUGUUUCAAACACUGAAGUGGCUAUAUCCUGUAUAAAUAUUCGGAAUAAUAAUAAUAAUAAUAGUAUUCUUCUUUUCAAAUUGACGACUCACGCAAUUUUUAAGGGUAACUCCUAAGGUUAGCAACUCUGCUGAUGAACGAGAACUAAAGUGGUGCUCCGAAAUCUUAAUGUAUCAGUUUAUUAAAAUAAGUUUUACUCCGCUAAAUUUUAUUCAUUAAAGAUUUUCAAAUCUUAACAAUACUCAUAUUCACAUGAUCCAGCUAUGACUCUACUCAUUUUCACAUAUUUUGUAGCAGCUGGCUUUAAAUUAUACAGAAAAGAUUUUUGAGCCCAAUUAACUCUUUCUUUUUAUCUGGUCUAAUGCUUCGCAGCAUGCCAACUAUGCUGCAGUAAACUCCAGAAAGCGACGAGUUAAUUUUUUUUUGUCGCGUUGUUUGAGGUUUUAAUUAUUGUAUUGCUUUGCUACAAAUUUAUUUGUACGAUUUUGUUAACACUUUUCACAGUUCGUUAAGAUCGUUUCAUCAUAAAAUGUACUUUAUGGUUUUAAAUGGUUGCAUUUUUUUAACAAGGUACCUAAAACAGAACUUAAGUAUAAGUUUUGCAUGAAUUAGGUUUUUUUUGAUAAGUAUCCGAUAAGAAAUUUCGAAAAUUAAAGGCUAUUUUAGAGGCCUAAAUUCAAAAAUUUUCUCGGCCCGUCGGUUCAACCAUGAUGGAGCCUCCUUAGAUACUUCAUAUAUUUGCCCCCCCCCUUUCACAUCUGAUUCGCCGGCCCUGUUGGCUUUAUCUAGGUCAAACAGGCUGUAUCAUCGAUGGCCUAAAGAGUGUUUUGCGUUUAAAAGAACGUUGUAUACAUAUACGAGAAUAUGAUUCGUAAAUAUGUUUCUCUACAAACUAUACCCCUUUUUUUGAUUUGAAGAUUUUUAGGUAAAGUUUUAGCAAAUGAUGUCUCACUAUCUCACCUAUAAGCCUACGAGCACCAACCAUAAAGCACUGAAUAUGUGUUUCUUUAGGUCUCACAUAACAGAAAAGAGAAAGGUUAUUUUUACAUACCCACGUCAAAAACAAUGUCGUAUAAAACACCUGGCAAGGUGAAGUCUGAAGCAUGAAUACGUUUAGCAUGUAUCGCGAAUGUUCGAUUUAGCGCUUUCUCUCAAUUAUCAGUGGCGCCAAUAUCAACUACAUUUUAGAAAAAGCUGGGAAAGAUAUUGUGAAAUUUACUAAUAUUUUACAAUUUUAUGAAACCGUAAACAUUGUUGAACAUCUAACAGACGUAAAUUGUUUUGCUAGAUUUCAUGAGUGCACAGUUUUUUGUUUGUUUUGUUUGUAUCAGUAGCACAUUUGAAUAUUGCAGGCAGCGUAUAUAUUUGUUCUGUUUCUUUCACCUUAGGGUUUAAAAAUUGGAAAAGAGAACUUAUUUUACGGAGCUAAUUACUGCGUUUCGGCUAUCAAGCGCUGGAUCAAACCAGUUUAACAUUUGAUGCAAUGUUUUAAGCAGCAAUGUUCCGUAAAAUGCUAAAUGUAGUUGACAUGGAUUUUUCAUGAUUUUUGAUAGUCAUGUAACACGGUACAAUAUGUAUCCAACAACAUGAAAAACAUGUUCGUUAAUAGGUUUUGGACCUUAGAAUCGAUAGAUAUAACAAUUGACGAAAAAGGUAACAUUAUUGUUGAGAGUUAAGAAUAUAGUCUUGCUCGACAAAUACUUUUUUGUUUAUUACGUAUAUGAGAUUUUUGUGGUUUACUGUUGACUUUUUUUGUCCAAGAUUGGUAAAAAAAAAAGGUUUGCUCAUUUUUUUGGAAUGUACAGUUCACUUUUAAAUGGAACACAUACCUAAUAUGGCAUCGAGGAAGUAACCAGUUAUAUACAUUCAGAGAUAUCACAAGAAUUGGGCAUGGAAACGUUUGUAAGGACAUUGAGAAGGUAUUGUGUCAUUUUUGGAUUCGUCAGAAAAAGAAGUGUUAGCAUGGUUCAGGGAGCAUAACAGGAUUGGUUGGGAGAGGUGGUAAAGUUAAGCCAUGAUAAUCUAUUUUUAGGGAGGAUUUUAUAUAGAAAGAGGUUUCACAUCCCAAAGACCAAUAGCAAAGAUUUGCCCUCUUGUGUGUAUUUUAGGUUAACCACGCCAAAAUCGAUGAAAGAGGCGAAAGGACAGCGACCAACAUAUGAGAAGCUACCAUGGUUAAAGUCGAAGAAGAUAGGUUGUUUACCAAAUUUUAGCGAGUGUUUAAUUUUGCGGUUGGCUUGAAUUUCUGGGUCACCUUACCUAACGAGGGGUCUAUUUUUACACGUCACUAUCAGAAUUCAUGUCACAAUAUCUUUUAUGAUUGUCACAUUUACAAGUCACAUUUUUGACUAAAUCGUCACAUCAUACAUAUAACAACUUUUAUUAAACAUUUCAUUCCCGAAGACUACAUUUUCUAGUCUAUUCAUUAUGACAGUAGAGCUACCACACCUACCGAUCACAACUAGAGAUUGAAAGCCUUGCUCUCGGUUUUGGAGCAAUUGAAGAUUGACAAACAUCUGUAUGGGCUUCCCCAAUAUACAGCUAGUGGAUAUCAAAACCGUCACUAGCCUUGUAUAUGUAAACGAAACAGAACAGCCAACAAGUAUUUUUGAGGCAUAUACUGAUGUUUUUGUUCUACACUCAAAUUCAAAAUGUUAUGUUGCAUUAUAUAAUCUUAUGACUAUGGUUGCACAAAAAGUCAUGUAGCGCGUGGCCUUGUGGUUACGGAGUUCGCUUCGCAAUCACAAGGUACGUAGUUCGGUCCACAGCGCGGGCAUGUUUAGCAAGUGUCUUUACUACAGCUACGGGUCAACCCAUGCCAUGUGAGGGAAAUUGGGUAGGUAAUGCCGGUGUAUACUUAAUGUAUACAUUCUGAACCAGGACCCACAUUGAUAACAGUGUUUCAAACACUGAAGUGGCUAUAUCCUGUAUAAAUAUUCGGAAUAAUAAUAAUAAUAAUAGUAUUCUUCUUUUCAAAUUGACGACUCACGCAAUUUUUAAGGGUAACUCCUAAGGUUAGCAACUCUGCUGAUGAACGAGAACUAAAGUGGUGCUCCGAAAUCUUAAUGUAUCAGUUUAUUAAAAUAAGUUUUACUCCGCUAAAUUUUAUUCAUUAAAGAUUUUCAAAUCUUAACAAUACUCAUAUUCACAUGAUCCAGCUAUGACUCUACUCAUUUUCACAUAUUUUGUAGCAGCUGGCUUUAAAUUAUACAGAAAAGAUUUUUGAGCCCAAUUAACUCUUUCUUUUUAUCUGGUCUAAUGCUUCGCAGCAUGCCAACUAUGCUGCAGUAAACUCCAGAAAGCGACGAGUUAAUUUUUUUUUGUCGCGUUGUUUGAGGUUUUAAUUAUUGUAUUGCUUUGCUACAAAUUUAUUUGUACGAUUUUGUUAACACUUUUCACAGUUCGUUAAGAUCGUUUCAUCAUAAAAUGUACUUUAUGGUUUUAAAUGGUUGCAUUUUUUUAACAAGGUACCUAAAACAGAACUUAAGUAUAAGUUUUGCAUGAAUUAGGUUUUUUUUGAUAAGUAUCCGAUAAGAAAUUUCGAAAAUUAAAGGCUAUUUUAGAGGCCUAAAUUCAAAAAUUUUCUCGGCCCGUCGGUUCAACCAUGAUGGAGCCUCCUUAGAUACUUCAUAUAUUUGCCCCCCCCCCCUUUCACAUCUGAUUCGCCGGCCCUGUUGGCUUUAUCUAGGUCAAACAGGCUGUAUCAUCGAUGGCCUAAAGAGUGUUUUGCGUUUAAAAGAACGUUGUAUACAUAUACGAGAAUAUGAUUCGUAAAUAUGUUUCUCUACAAACUAUACCCCUUUUUUUGAUUUGAAGAUUUUUAGGUAAAGUUUUAGCAAAUGAUGUCUCACUAUCUCACCUAUAAGCCUACGAGCACCAACCAUAAAGCACUGAAUAUGUGUUUCUUUAGGUCUCACAUAACAGAAAAGAGAAAGGUUAUUUUUACAUACCCACGUCAAAAACAUUGUCGUAUAAAACACCUGGCAAGGUGAAGUCUGAAGCAUGAAUACGUUUAGCAUGUAUCGCGAAUGUUCGAUUUAGCGCUUUCUCUCAAUUAUCAGUGGCGCCAAUAUCAACUACAUUUUAGAAAAAGCUGGGAAAGAUAUUGUGAAAUUUACUAAUAUUUUACAAUUUUAUGAAACCGUAAACAUUGUUGAACAUCUAACAGACGUAAAUUGUUUUGCUAGAUUUCAUGAGUGCACAGUUUUUUGUUUGUUUUGUUUGUAUCAGUAGCACAUUUGAAUAUUGCAGGCAGCGUAUAUAUUUGUUCUGUUUCUUUCACCUUAGGGUUUAAAAAUUGGAAAAGAGAACUUAUUUUACGGAGCUAAUUACUGCGUUUCGGCUAUCAAGCGCUGGAUCAAACCAGUUUAACAUUUGAUGCAAUGUUUUAAGCAGCAAUGUUCCGUAAAAUGCUAAAUGUAGUUGACAUGGAUUUUUCAUGAUUUUUGAUAGUCAUGUAACACGGUACAAUAUGUAUCCAACAACAUGAAAAACAUGUUCGUUAAUAGGUUUUGGACCUUAGAAUCGAUAGAUAUAACAAAUGACGAAAAAGGUAACAUUAUUGUUGAGAGUUAAGAAUAUAGUCUUGCUCGACAAAUACUUUUUUGUUUAUUACGUAUAUGAGAUUUUUGUGGUUUACUGUUGACUUUUUUUGUCCAAGAUUGGUAAAAAAAAAAGGUUUGCUCAUUUUUUUGGAAUGUACAGUUCACUUUUAAAUGGAAAACAUACCUAAUAUGGCAUCGAGGAAGUAACCAGUUAUAUACAUUCAGAGAUAUCACAAGAAUUGAGAAGGUAUUGUGUCAUUUUUGGAUUCGUCAGAAAAAGAGGUGCUUGGCAUGGUUCAGGGAGCAUCACAGGAUUGGUUGGGAGAGGUGGUAAAGUUAAGCCAUGAUAAUCUAUCUUUAGGGAGGAUUUUAUAUAGAAAGAGGUUUCACAUCCCAAACCAAUAGCAAAGAUUUGCCCUCUUGUGUGUAUUUUAGGUUAACCACACCAAAAUCGAUGAAAGAGGCGAAAGGACAGCGACCAACAUGAGAAGCUACCAUGGUUAAAGAAAGUCGAAGAAGAUAGGUUGUUUACCAAAUUUUAACGAGUGUUUAAUUUUGCGGUUGGCUUGAAUUUCUGGUUCACAUUUACAAGUCACAUUUUUGACUAAAUCGUCACAUCAUACAUAUAACAACUUUUAUUAAACAUUUCAUUCCCGAAGACUACAUUUUCUAGUCUAUUCAUUAUGACAGUAGAGCUACCACACCUACCGAUCACAACUAGAGAUUGAAAGCCUUGCUCUCGGUUUUGGAGCAAUUGAAGAUUGACAAACAUCUGUAUGGACUUCCCCAAUAUACAGCUAGUGGAUAUCAAAACCGUUACUAGUCUUGUAUAUGUAAACGAAACAGAACAGCCAACAAGUAUUUUGAGGCAUACUGAAGCUACAAGGCUAUAAUUCCAAGCUAACACACGAACUUGGUUAGGUUAAUUCUGAUAAUCUCUCCCACCAUCAACAGCAAAUACAGGCUCCACCUAAACAAGAAGGAGAAUUUCCUUUAUAAUUAGGGUGUGUUUAUUUCAUAAGUAUUACAGCGAACCGAAACAAUAAAUUCACUUUCUUUUAUUACUACGUAAUUUGAACAAACCAAAUCAAAACGCCAGUUCAACCUCGUUCUCAGAAUUGCUGCUUUUUUCCAUACCUUGUCCGCCAUCUUGAAAAUUAGAUCAAAAUCAGAACACUCGAAUGUUGUUGUGGAAUGUUUGGUGACUUGUCAAACGCUAAAUUUGAUUUCAUCCAACUUUUAAAUUUUCAUCCAACAUCCAUCCAACAUUAGAAUCAAAAUGGACAUCAGGAACUCACCAAGAAAUUGUAUAAUUAAUCAGGGAAUUGUCAUAGAUAUUUGGAAAAAAACAAAGUUAGUCAGGCGAAGCCUUUGGUAUAACUCAGGAGAAAUAAAAAAUCACAACCUUGUGCCCAGGGUUCUUUUACAUAAUGAAAUGUCGCAGUGCUGACUGAUAAUAUCACUUUAUUUUGGAGCGUUAAUUCUCUUGCGAACAUUUUCUAGUUAACUACCUUAUUCGUAUUAAUUUUCGCACAAUAGCAGUAUGAACAUAUUUCGCGCGAAUUUUUUAUUUGUGACAGUUGAAAUUACUUUACAAAUAACAGAGAAAGAGUAAAAUUCAGGGUUGUGGCCAAAAUACGGUUGCGUUUCCUUUGUUUCUCAAAAAAUAUACCUUAUCGCGUAUUACAUUUAACACCUUGAACAUCUGUACUAAAUAUCGCACCCUAAUAAUUUUUUUUUUGAGCUAGGAAUAUGAAUAGAAUAAUAGUAGUUUAAAAAAGCCUUAUUAUACCAAAAAAUGGAGAAUAUGUGAUAUUAUGGUCCGUUGGUAUGCCAUUAGAUUUCUUAGACUUCGAUCCUGGUUUGUUUUUCGUACAGAAUAUUUUUCAAUUGAUCAUCAGGCUGGUUAUUAUCUAUAGUAAUGCCAAAAAAUGACCACACUCUUUUUCUUUCCUUUAUGUCAAUUUUUGUCGUUUCUUGUUGUUUUUAUAUUAUCUACCUAACAGAAUGCGUGCGGAUGUUUUUGUUCUAAACUCAAAAUCAAAAUGUUAUGUUGCAUUAUAUAAUCUUCUGACUAUGGUUGCAUAAAAAGUCAUGUAUUCUUCUUUUCAAAUUGACGACUUACGCAAUUUUUAAGGGUAACUCCUAAGGUUAGCAACUCUGUUAUGAAACUCUGCUAUGAACGAGAACUAAAGUGGUGCUCCGAAAUCUUAAUGUAUCAGUUUAUUAAAAUAAGUUUUACUCCGCUAAAUUUUAUUCAUUAAAGAUUUUCAAAUCUUAACAAUACUCAUAUUCAUAUGAUCCAGCUAUGAUUCUACUCAUUUUCACAUAUUUUGUAGCAGCUGGCUUUAAAUUAUACAGAAAAAUUAUGCAGACUUUUGAGCCCAAUUUACUCUUUCUUUUUAUCUGGUCUAAUGCUUCGCAGCAUGCCAACUAAUUCUCCUGCAGUAAACUCCAGACAGCGACGAGUUAAUUUUUUUUUGUCGCGUUGUUUGAGGUUUUAAUUAUUGUAUUGCUUUGCUACAAAUUUAUUUGUACGAUUUUGUUAACACUUUUCACAGUUCGUUAAGAUCGUUUCAUCAUAAAAUGUACUUUAUGGUUUUAAAUGGUUGCAUUUUUUUAACAAGGUACCAAAAACAGAACUUAAGUAUAAGUUUUGCAUGAAUAGGGUUUUUUUGAUAAGUAUCCGAUAAAAAUUUUCUCGGCCCGUCGGUCCAACCGUGAUGGAGCCUCCUUAGUUACUUCAUAUAUUUGCCCCCCCCCCCCUUUCACAUCUGAUUCGUCGGCCCUGUUGGUUUUAUCUAGGUCAAACAGGCUGUAUCAUCGAUGGCCUAAAGAGUAUUUUGCGUUUAAAAGAACGUUGUAUACAUAUACGAGAAUAUGAUUCGUAAAUAUGUUGUCUACAAACUAUACCCCUUUCUUUGAUUUAAAGAUUUUUAGGUAAAGUUUUAGCAAAUGAUGUCUCACUAUCUCACCAAUAAGCCUACGAGCACCAACCAUAAAGCACUGAAUAUGUGUUCCUUUAGGUCUCACAUAACAGAAAAGAGAAAGGUUAUUUUUACGUACCCACGUCAAAAACAAUGUCGUAUAAAACACCUGCCAAGCUGAAGUCUGAAGCAUGAAUACGUUUAGCAUGUAUCGCGAAUGUUCGAUUUAGCGCUUUCUCUCAAUUAUCAGUGGCGCCAAUAUCAACUACAUUUUAGAAAAAGCUGGGAAAGAUAUUGUGAAAUUUACUAAUAUUUUACAAUUUUAUGAAACCGUAAACAUUGUUGAACAUCUAACAGACGUAAAUUGUUUUGCUAGAUUUCAUGAGUGCACAGUUUUUUGUUUGUUUUGUUUGUAUCAGUAGCACAUUUGGAUAUUGCAGGCAGCGUAUAUAUUUGUUCUGUUUCUUUCACCUUAGGGUUUAAAAAUUGGAAAAGAGAACUAAUUUUACGGAGCUAAUUACUGCGUUUCGGCUGUCAAGCGCUGGACCAAACCAGUUCAACAUUUAAUGCAAUGUUUUAAGCAGCAAUGUUCCGUAAAAUGCUAAAUUUAUUUGACAUGGAUGUUGCAUGAUUUUCGAUAGUCAUGUAACACGGUACAAUAUAUAUCCAACAACAUGAAAAACAUGUUCGUUAAUAGGUUUUGGACCUUAGAAUCGAUAGAUAUAACAAAUGACGAAAAA